AUGCACUUUUCGGGCGGUAAAAAGGGAUUUGAUUAUUUUGCUUUUUCAAGACAAGUCAUUUCAUCAGAAUAUCCCGCUUUACUUCGAGAAAAGAAAAUCUUCGUUUCCCUCUCCUCCACUCUCGAUCUUCAAUAUCUUUCAUUAAUACCAUUAAGCGUUUUAGCUUGGAGACAACUUGGAGUUGAAAGUCUACUAUGCUUGGUCGGGAAAGACGAGAAUUUCUUAAAGAAUGUGAAAACAGUACUUGAGCAUGUCUUAACGAAAAAUGUUACAAUAACUUUGAUAAAGGAUUUCACAUUACCUUCAACUACAAUUGCUCAAAUGUGUAGAGUAUUUGCAGCCACCUCGGAAUCGUUGAAUCUUCAUGAUGAUUCAAUAGUGAUCACAAGUGAUAUCGAUUAUAUUCCAUUUCAUCUCGAGAAUCAUUGGCGUGAGGGAUUUGAGCUAUUCUUUUACAACUCAAACUGUUGCCAAUCAGUCGAAUUUAAAGAAAUUUCCCUUAAAAUGUACCCAAUCUCAACAAUUGCUAUGAAGAGAUCAAUCUGGGGAAAAGUUUUGCCUUAUUCUGAAAAAGUGUACAAUGAUCCUAGCAAAAUGGAGAAAUAUUUGUACUCAAUUUUUGGUGAAGAGGCUUUUAUGAAUGAAGACUAUCGGAAAGGAAUCCUUGCUCAAUUGCAACCUCAAUGGCUUUUCGAUCAGAUUUUGAUUUCCUAUAAGAUAAAGGAGUUCUUAGAAAGAGGAGAAUCUCCAAGAAGCGGUCACGAAGUGGUGGUGAAAAAGCGAAUUGAUCGAGCAUUUUGGCCAUCACCAGAUGAGUUACAUAAAAUGCUCAUAUCUCACAAGAUCUUCUUAAAGAUUGGGACCGAGUUCGGCCUUUGUUUGAAAGAAUAUUCAGCCGGAAACACA